CAUUUGUUCGAGAAAAGAUCGAGGGAAUUGAUUUAAGAUUGCGUUUCUGAUUCUUCUUCUAUGGCCGAUUUCUGGUGGUUUGAGGAGAUGAGAUUUUUCUCGGUCCUUCUGGAUUCUUCUGCUGUGGCCUCUUCUGGGUGGGGAAAUUUAAAUCAAUGCUCACCUGUUUGGGGUUUGAAUGAAUCUCCAAAAUUAUUGAUUUUGUUGGUAGAAAAGUCCGAAAAAUUCAAUUUUGAUCAGAGUUUUGUAUGGUUUUGGCUGCGAUUUUUGAGAAUUUGUUCGUGGCUAAGAGGAGUCCUUUUUAGCUGCCAGACAAGAAGGUUGAAGAGAAGGGCAGGAAGACGAUGGACGAGGCUCUGGUUGCUAGAUACUGGUGCCACAUGUGCUCACAGAUGGUAAAUCCUGUGAUGGAGGUGGAGAUCAAAUGCCCCCAUUGUAAUAAUGGAUUUGUAGAAGAAAUGGAUGGUGGGGGAGACUUGGAUGCCGCCGAUCUGGGCUCUGACCGAUCCCUCUCUCUUUGGGCUCCAGUCUUGCUUGGAAUGAUGAGCAGGGGCUCCCGACGCCGAAGGCUUCAAAGGGAAGAAGAAGAGGAUGACUCUGGUCCGCAUCGUUACUCAGAAUCCCUUCGUCGAAGGAGGAGGAGCUUGGCCAUCCUACAGCUGCUGCAAGCCCUCCGGGAAACAAACAGAUCAGAGUCUGAUAAUUCUGAGGGUGAGAGGGAGACGGAAAGGGUUAGAGAAAGGGAGAGGGAGCGUGUGAUCCUAAUCAAUCCUUUCAACCAGGCUAUAAUUCUCCAAGGAUCCUUCGAUGCAGGCGAAACUCAGAGACAGAAUUCGAACAGCAACAGCUUUGGUGCUUCUUUCGAAGACUACUUUCUUGGGCCUGGCCUGGAUCUUUUGUUGCAGCAUUUGGCAGAGAAUGAUCCUAACAGAUAUGGAUCACCGCCUGCUCAGAAAGAGGCAAUUGAUGCAAUGCCCACUGUAAAAAUUGUGGAAGCCAUGAGCUGCUCCGUCUGUUUGGAAGACUUUGAAAUAGGUGGAGAGGCUAGGGAGAUGCCUUGUAAACAUAAAUUCCAUUGCGGGUGUAUACUACCAUGGCUGGAGCUCCACAGCUCGUGCCCAGUUUGUAGGUUUCAGAUGCCAGCAGAUGAGUCGAAGGAUUCAAAUGGAGGUGGUAACAGCAAUAGGGUGGAGGGUGGUAGUGGGGAUGGUGGUGAUGCGGGUAAUGGAGGGAAUGGGAGGAGAUUCUGGUUGCCAGUGCCUUGGCCUUUCAAUGGGCUGUUCUCCUUAUCAGGGUCCCAGAGCAGUGGGAAUUCUUCUUCGGCACCGCCGUCAUCGUCCACCCCCGAUAGUAACUCAGCCUAAUAUGAACUGAAGAUAGCUGUUUUAUGCUUCUCUUGUUCUGCUUCUUUGGGUGUAAUACUAGUGUAAUAAUGUUUCAUUUACUGAAUCUGGAUCCUGGAAGUAUAAAUUCUGAGCCCCUUCUCUUCUUUGUUUUUUUUCACAUUCUUUCCUUCUUGUGUCUCUGAAGAGUUUGUGUCCAAUGAAUUUAGCUGCAUCAACUGGAAUUUCUGA